CAUGUUUUGAUAUACUUUUUUUAUUUUUUUAUACAGGUUUUACGUAAAACAUGCGACAAUGACAAAGAUUGUCGGAAAGCUGCCCGGAAGCUGGGUGAGCUUGGGGUGACUAGCGGCGGUUCCAUCCUUGUCAGUCAAGCGGUUAUCGUCGGUCCAUACAAAUCCGACAACUUCACAACCAUUACUGAUGCAAUAGCAGCAGCACCUAAUAACGCUAGACCGGAGGAUGGUUACUUUGUCAUAUACGCAAGGGAAGGUGUCUACGAAGAAUAUAUCGUUGUUCCAAUCAACAAAAAGAAUUUAUUGCUUAUGGGAGAUGGAAUCAAUAAGACGAUCAUUACGGGGAACCAUAAUGUUGUUGAUGGUUGGACUACGUAUAAUUGCUCGAGCUUUGCGGUGACUGGAGAACGGUUCAUGGCAGUUGAUGUUACAUUCAGAAACACAGCUGGACCUGAGAAGCAUCAGGCCGUGGCCUUGAGAAACAAUGCGGAAGGAUCCACUUUCUACCGGUGUAGUUUUGAAGGCUAUCAAGAUACUCUCUACGUCCAUUCUCUUAGACAGUUCUAUCGCGAAUGCGAUAUAUAUGGUACCAUCGAUUUUAUAUUUGGAAACGCAGCUGCAAUCUUUCAAAACUGCAAUAUAUAUGCUAGAAAACCAAUGGCAAAGCAGAAGAAUGCAAUUACAGCCCAUGGAAGAACCGAACCAAACCAAAACACUGGAAUCUCUAUCAUCAACUGUACCAUCAAAGCCGCACCAGAUCUAGCAGCUGAUCCUACCUCAACCAUGACGUUCCUAGGACGGCCAUGGAAGCCUUACUCAAGGACGGUUUUCAUGCAAUCAUAUAUUAGUGACAUUGUUCAACCAGUGGGAUGGCUCGAAUGGAAUGCUUGA